AUGGUUCAAAAAGUUUUAUUAUUAGGUUCAGGUUUUGUUGCCAAACCAACAGUUGAUAUUUUAUCAUCAGAUCCAAACAUUGAAGUUACAGUUGCAUGUAGAACUUUAUCAAAAGCAAAAGAAUUAGCUAGUGAUAAAGCUCAAGCCAUUUCUUUAGAUGUUACAAAUGAACAAGCAUUAAAUGAAGCAGUUGCAAAAUUUGAUUUGGUUAUAUCAUUGAUUCCAUAUACUUAUCAUGUAAAUGUUGUUAAAGCAGCUAUUAAAAACAAGAAACACGUUGUUACUACAUCAUAUAUAAAUCCUCAAUUAAAAGCUUUAGAAAAAGAAAUUGAAGAUGCUGGAAUUACAGUCAUGAAUGAAAUCGGAUUAGAUCCAGGUAUUGAUCAUUUAUAUGCUGUUAAAACUAUUGAAGAAGUUCAUAAAGAAGGUGGAAAAAUCAAAUCUUUCUUAAGUUAUUGUGGUGGAUUACCAGCUCCUGAAAAUUCAGAUAAUCCUUUAGGUUAUAAAUUUUCUUGGAGUUCAAGAGGUGUCUUAUUGGCUUUGAGAAAUUCUGCUAAAUAUUGGUUAAAUGGUGAUGUUGUUGAUGUUAAAUCUGAAGAUUUAAUGGCUUCUGCUAAACCUUAUUUUAUUUAUCCGGGUUUUGCUUUAGUUUGUUACCCAAAUAGAGAUUCAACAACAUAUAAAGAAUUAUAUAAUAUUCCAGAAGCUGAAACUGUUAUAAGAGGAACUUUAAGAUUUCAAGGUUUCCCGGAGUUUGUUAAAGUUUUAGUUGAUACUGGAUUUUUAAAAGAUGAAGAAACUGAAAUCUUUACAAAGGAAGGUCCAUGGAAUGAAGCCACUGCCACUUUAAUUGGUGCUAAAUCAUCGUCUCAAGAAGAUAUAGUAGCUAAAAUUAAAGAAUUAACUAAAUUCAAAUCUCAAGAAGAUGAAGAAAGAAUUCUUGAUGGUUUCAAAUGGUUAGGUUUAUUCUCAACAAAUCCAAUUAAACCAAAAGGUAACCCAUUAGAUACAUUAUGUGCAACAUUGGAAGAUUUAAUGCAAUAUGAAGAAGGUGAAAGAGAUUUAGUCAUUUUACAACAUAAAUUUGGUAUUGAAAAUAAAGAUGGUACAACAGAAACAAGAACUUCAACAUUAGUUGAUUAUGGUAAACCAGAUGGUUAUUCAUCAAUGGCUAAAUUAGUUGGUGUACCAUGUGCUGUUGCUACAAAACAAAUCUUGAAUGGAACUUUAAAUAAAAAGGGUUUAUUAGCUCCAAUGAGUUCUGAUAUCAAUGAUUCAAUUAUGAAAGAAUUAAAAGACGAAUACGAUAUUUACUUAGUUGAAAAAACUCUUUAA